GAACAACUAAUUUAAAAACGUACUAUUUCAUGAUGUCUUCAAGAAGAGCGAGUGUAACGCUUAGAAAAAAAAGGUAGCCGUUGGACACGACAUUGCCUUCAAAUAUUCAAAAAAUAUAAAUCUUAUUAUCGCUACUCACUCCCAAGUUUCAGGCUUCAAGAAAAAAAUAAGAUCUUCUUCUUCAAUGGCUGACAUUGCCAUGGCACAAACGAGUAACAAUAACAAGAACCCAGAACAAGAAAAACAUGAAAACUUCCCAGUUUUAACGGUGCUCAAGAACAACGCCGUUCUCAGGAAUAUCUUCCUCGUACACGACGGCAACAGCGAAGAUCAGACGGUCCUGAUUGGGCGACAUCCUGACUGCGACAUUGUCCUCAUGCACCCCAGCGUGAGCCGCUUCCACCUCAGGAUUCGCUCCAACCCUUCUUCCCGCACUCUUUCUCUCGUUGAUUUGGCUUCUGUGCAUGGUACGUGGGUGCGUGGGAUGAAGCUGGAGCCCGGGGUGAGUGUGGAGUUGAAGGAAGGUGACACCUUCACUGUAGGGGUUUCUACUCGGCUUUAUCGUCUCAGCUGGGUCCCUCUUACCCAAUUGAAUGUCUUUGUGCCCCAUCAACAACAAAAAGAAGAUGAACAAGAAGAGAUAAUCAAGGAUGAGAAUUUGGAAUAUAGUUUGGAACAAGAGAUUCCGGAGGAUGAAGACGUGGUUUCUGUUUGUUGUGAUGAAGAAAGCAAGAGCCAUUCUGAAGAUAAGGGAUUGGGAGUUAUCAAUGGAACUGAAACAUCGUGUUUUCCUACACACUCUGGUGAUGAAAAUAUACAUUGUGACCGUCAAAUUAGUGUUUUAUCACCACCACAUGUUUUAUCACCCCCUUGUGCAAAAUUAGUUGAUGAACUUUAUUACACUGAGAAAAUUGAAGCUUGUCCGAAACUGGAGAUGCCUGGAGAGACUAAUUUGCUUUGCACAUUCAGAGAGUACUUGACACAGAGCUUAUGUCUGCCUGUUGUGAAAGCGGUCCAGGGGACCAAAAUGGAGCAAUUUCAAGCCCCACAUGGUACAAUCGCAAAACAACCACCUUCUUUGGAAAUGCUUUGGUCCAGCUUGUUUACAAAUAUUGAUCCUGCGACUUUUGAUGAAAGGGAUGUUGCUGCAGUCGCUGUAAUACCUUCAGAAUCUGACAAGGUUGAAGAUAUUUUAACUACUGAACCAAGAACUUUCAAUUCUGAUAACAUGUGUUUGAUAGUUGAGAAAGAUCUUUCUGUUUCUGAAUUUCAUCAAAUUGAAGCUGUUGAAGAAUUUUCUGUGGAUUCAGUACCUGAAGGAGAAAAACAAGGUGAAAUUCACUGGUCCAGCUUGCCUACAAAUAUUGGUCCCUCAUCUUUCGAUGUAAAAGAUGUUGCUGCAGUGGCUGCAAUACCUACAGAAUCUGAGUUUGGAAUCACACAUGGAGAUAAUGACAAGGUUGGAAAUAUGUGUUUGAUGGUUGACAAAGAUAUUCCUGAUUCUGUAUUUCAUCAAGUGGAAGUUACUGAAGAAGUUUCUGUGGAUUCAAUACAUGAUGGAGAAAAACAUGAUGAAUGCAAGGAAGAGUACACCUCAAAGUUGCAGGAUCAGAAUGGAAAAAUUUUCCAUGAGGAAGGGUAUUCUCGAGAUGAAAUAGUUGAAGAAGAUAAUGGAAACAAACGUGUUAAAAGCGUAGAACCUGCAUCUUUUAUUGAAAAGAGCUUAGCUGUAGUAACUCUGAUACUCACAGAACCUGAAUUUGGAUGCACAUUAGGGGAUAAGGAAAUGACUGAAGAUAUUUUAGAAACGGAGUCACGAACUAUCAAUCCUGAGAACACAUCCUUGCUGUAUGAGGAAGAUAUUCCUGUUUCCAAAUUUCAACCAAUCAAUAUUGUUGAAGAUGUUAUGGAUUCAAUAUCUGAUGGCAAGGAGUUGGAGUCAAAGUUGCAGGCUUCCGUAGAUGCUAAAUGCUGUCAGGAAUCUGGUAACUCAGUGGAUGAAAUAGCUGACGGUAAAUGCUGUCAGGAAUCUGGUAACUCAGUGGAAGAAAUAGCUGAAGAUAAUGAAAAAAAUUGUACAAAGAGCAUCUCCUCCACGUCAUUCCAUAUAGAAUCUCCAAAUUCUUCAUUGCUUUCGGAAGUUUUUUCGAACAUUACAGCUGAGAACCAGACCCCUCAAUCUCUCACUUCUGUGACAGGACGCUCUAGAGGGGCAUUCCUUGAAAAACAUGUAGAAUCAACAGAGAAAAGUUCAACCUUUGGCAGUAUUCGGUCAAGAGGGUGUAAGGCUGCUAGUGCUCCCCAUGUUCGAGCCAGAAAGAGUAGAUCUAAGGUUGGCACUGAAGUUAAAAAGAGUAAUGUGAAAGAUGCCAUGAAUAAAUCAAUGCCAAAGGACCUUUCCUCUCUCUUUGAUGUUGAAGAAAAAAAUUUCACUUCAAAUAAGGAAAACUUAAGCUCAAACUCCUAUCACUUGCAGCUCAUGAGAAAGAAAGCUAAGCUACAAGAAAUUAAAUUUCCCAUGUCACCAAGAUCACCCAAUUUGAGCUGUUUUAGUCCCAGCAUUCAUUCAUCCAAAAGCAUAAGCACUGUUUCAAAUAAAGUGAACUUAACUACAAAAGUAGCUCAAGAAUUGAAGUCACAAAGAAAGCCUCUCAAAUGUCUUGUCAACUUGGUCCAUGAGCAAGAUAUGAUGGAAUUAAAGAAAAGAGUGGAAAGGGUACCCUUCCGAUCAGUAAUGAACUCUGGAAGCAAUCAUAAUUCAGUGACUAUUUCUGCUGCAGAAAGUAUGAAUGAUGCCGGUAUUUGUGGGCAGAUCUCAAACAAGUGCACUAAACCUUCUCUGCAGCAGCAUACUAGUAGAGAACAAAAGAGGAGCUGGGACAUGGUUGUAGACACUGCUUCUCUUGUGAACAAGGAGUCAAGAAAAGCUUUGCAGCUUCUACAAGGUCUCAAGGGGACUCGUUUAAUCAUUCCAAGAUCGGUCAUAAGGGAACUAGGCUGUAUGAAGCAACAAUUUAGACUUUUCAGAAGAACUUUAGAGGCUACUUUGGCAUUAGAAUGGAUUAAAGAAUGCAUGGAGAAAACAAGCUGGUGGAUUCAUAUCAUGGAAGAAGAGUGCAGGCUGACAGUUCCAACCCUUUCUGCUUCUCCGCAGACUCAGUUUGUUGAAGAGAGUUGGGCAUUUCCUGGUUUCACGACUUCACCUGCUGUUGAAGAUAACAUCCUUGAAUUUGCUCUUCAAUAUAGAAAAAAGGAGAAUGUUGGACAACUUGUCCUACUUAGUCAUGAUGUUACAUUGAAAGUAAAAUCCAUGGCAAAGGGGUUGCUGUGUGAGACAGUGCAACAAUUUCGCCAAAGUUUAGCAAACCCCUUCUCUGAGAGGUUCAUGUGGCCCAAGAGCUCUCCUCGAGGACUGACUUGGUGUUGCCAAGAUGAUUUAGUUUUAAGGGAGAAAUAUUGUGGAUUGACAUCUAAGACUGGUUUGAAGGUCAUUUCCUGAGCAGUUUUUACACUUUCAUUGAUUAAACUUUUUACUAUUAUAAUCUCAUUUUCACGUUUCAAACCUACUCUUGCAAUCUGAAGCCAUGUUAAAACACUUGGACAAUUUGCCAACCUGGAAAAAAAACCAUUGAUGUAAGUAAUUCUGCAAGUUUUGUUUUCAAGUUCUGGGAGAGAAAAGUGUACAUUUCUAAAACCAUCGUACUAUGAUAACUUUUCUCGCAACAUUAAAUUUAAGCACCAUAACACCUUGCAUGUUGAUUCAUAAACAUUUCGGGCCACAAUUGCAAAGCCACCGAAAAAGGCGUUGUUACGUCACACAGUCUGAUUGACUGUGCUUGAACCCCUGUACGGAAGAUGGUUUUAGAAAUGACUAAUGAUAUAGACCCACGAAAAUCAAGACCAGAUUCCAUAUUCAUGAACAGGAAAAAUUGUAGAUGUACGUUCUAUUUAUUUAUUGGAUGUAAAAGUGGAAAACAU